GUCCGCCCCUUAAUCCGGUUGGCUGUCAACCUGCCCCGUGGCCAAGCGCUGAGAGGUUGGCGCAGCCGUCAAUCAAAAGCGACGUCCUCUCGUCGGGCUUGUGGCUCUGAGAGACGCCUCAGUCAGAUCGCUGUUUGGAGAGAGCACGGACAGAGGGGAAGAGAGCCCACUCUUGUGAAGGUUGUGCGUGGACCAUCACUAGCGCGCCGCAGCCUGCCCGCCCCUUGCGCACGCGUGUUCCGCCCGGCGCGGUGUGACCGAGACACGCGUGUGAUUUUUUUUUUUUUUUAAUUAGAUUUUUUUUUAUUUUUAAGGGGUCUAGUUUUUGUUAUUGUUGUUGUUGCAUGUCAGAAGGCUCGGAGCUGCUGUUCGCUGGCUCUGCGGCUGUUUGUCUGCGCUCACCGUGCCCCCUCCCUCCUCCUAUGGGACUCUAAUUAAUCGGAGGCAUGUGGACUCGCACCAGGAUUAGACAUCGCUUCCUAAUAGUGUGCCUGCUGUUGACGUUAUGGGCCAAGGCGUCCCAGUCAACAGGCUAUUUUGAGCUGCAGCUGAUCUCUGUUGAGAAUGUGAACGGCGAGUUGGCGAGCGGGGAGUGCUGCGACGGCUCCAGGAGCUCCCAGGAGGAUCUGAGCUGCGUGGAGGACGAGUGUGACACUUAUUUCAAGGUGUGCCUCAAGGAGUAUCAGGUGGACAUCACCACUGGGGGGCCCUGCAUCUUCGGAGCUGGAUCUACGCAAGUUCUUGGUGGAAAUAUGUUGAGUUUUCAAAACGCGAAGAACAAAAUUGACGAGGCUGGCAAGAUCGUGAUCCACUUCCAGUUCGCAUGGCCGCGGACGUACACCUUAAUUGUUGAGGCCUGGGACUGGGACAACACUACUCGGAACAAUGAGGACGACCACCUGAUUGAGCGCAGCGCUCACACUGGCACGGGGAUUCCAGGUGCCCCCUGGCAGACCAUCCAUCAUGAUGGGCCUGUUGCUCGCAUGAACUACCGCAUCCGGGUUCGCUGUGACGAGAAUUACUACGGCAACAAGUGCAAUAAACUAUGUGUUCCACGUGACGACUACUUUGGCCACUAUCGCUGUGAGGCUUCAGGCGCUCAAGUUUGUCUAGAGGGCUGGAUGGGUCCCGACUGUAAAACAGCAACCUGCAAGCAAGGUUGUAAUCUGCUACAUGGUGGUUGCUCGGUUCCAGGAGAAUGCAGGUGUAACUACGGCUGGCAGGGUCAGUUCUGUGAUGAUUGUGCCGUGUUCCCCGGAUGUGUCCACGGCACUUGUAACAUCCCCUGGCAGUGCAACUGUGAGAGGAACUGGGGUGGCCUAUUGUGCGAUAAAGAUCUGAAUUACUGUGGGCGCCACCAGCCUUGCGUCAAUGGGGGCACGUGCAUGAACACGGAGCCAGAUGAGUAUCACUGCGCCUGUCCUCAGGGUUACUCUGGCAAAACGUGUGAGAUAGCUGAGCACUCGUGUGUUUCCAGUCCUUGUGCGAAUGGCGGUACAUGCCACGAAGCUCCAUCAGGCUUUGAGUGCCAGUGUCUACCAGGCUGGGAAGGUUUAACUUGUUCAAACAAUGUAAACAACUGUGCUUCCAAUCCUUGUGCUCGGGGUGGAACCUGCAUCGACCGGGAAGAUGGCUUCGACUGUGUGUGCCCACCUGAGUGGGAAGGAAAAACCUGCCAGAUUGAUGCUAAUGAGUGUGCAAGAAAGCCGUGUGUGAACGCUAAUUCUUGCAAAAAUUUGAUUGGUGGAUAUCACUGCGACUGUUAUCGGGGAUGGUCUGGACAAAACUGUGACAUCAACUGCCAUGGUCAAUGCCAGAAUGGAGGAACUUGCAAGGAAGGCCCACGCGGUUACCAUUGCCAGUGCCCACCAGGCUUUGUCGGUUCUCACUGUGAAAUCCAAAGGAAUAAGUGUGACAGCAGACCCUGUCAGAAUGGAGGCCAAUGCCACACUUUGUUAGGUGGCUUUGUGUGCCAAUGCCCAACUCAGUUUUCAGGACUACUGUGUGAGAUCCAGGUCUCGGUCCCUUCAGACGCAUGCGACCCCAACCCAUGUGAGAACAAUGCCAAGUGCCACAGUAUGGUCCAGGACUUCUACUGCGCAUGUCCUGAGGGCUUUGAGGGAAAGACCUGUGAGAAACCCAAGGAGGACUGUAAAACCACCCCUUGUCAAGUUAUCGACAGCUGCACUGUUGCUAUAGCGACCAACGACUCCGCAGAAGUGCGGCGCAUCUCCUCCAAUGUUUGCGGACCUCGAGGGCACUGUGUGAGCGGGCUGACUGGCAACUUCACCUGUAUCUGUGAUCCAGGGUUUAGUGGCAUCUACUGUCAUGAAAACAUUAACGACUGCCUCAAAAGCCCGUGCAGAAACGGUGGAACCUGCAUUGAUGGCGUCAAUUCCUUUCAGUGUUUCUGUGCAGACGGUUGGGAGGGACAACUCUGCGACCUCAAUGUCAACGAGUGCAGACACAACCCAUGCAAGAACAGCGGCCACUGUGUCGACCUUGUGAAUGACUUCUACUGCGAGUGUGCUGACAACUGGAAGGGCAAGACCUGCCAUUCGCGCGAAAGCCAGUGUGACGCAACCACAUGCGGUAAUGGAGGCACAUGCUAUGACCACGGGAACACUUUCCGCUGUGCCUGCCCACCUGGCUGGGGAGGAAAAACAUGCAACACAGCCAAGAACAGCACAUGCGCCUCUAGUCCUUGUUUGAAUGGUGGAACCUGCGUGGGAGGCGUUGACACCUUUACUUGUAUCUGCAAAGACGGCUGGGAAGGACCCACCUGCAACCAAAAUAUAAAUGACUGCAACCCUCAUCCAUGUUACAAUGGUGGUAUCUGUGUGGAUGGAGUCAACUGGUUUAGAUGUGAGUGCGCCCCUGGGUUUGCCGGGCCUGACUGCAGAAUCAACAUCAAUGAGUGCCAGUCAUCCCCCUGUGCCUACGGCGCCACCUGUGUGGACGAGAUCAAUGGGUUCCGCUGCAUUUGUCCACUCGGUAGAACGGGAGUCCGAUGUCAAGAAUUCAUAGGUAUUGGCAAGUCAUGUCAUUAUGCCGGGCUGCAGUUUCCUCAUGGCAGUCGCUGGGAGGAGGAGUGCAACAACUGCUACUGUGGCAACGGAAAAGUGGAGUGCACAAAGGUUCAGUGCGGUCGACGGCCCUGCCGCCUGCAGUCUACAGACCAAGAUGCAACCAGUCAUUCCUGCCCUGCUGGACGCGAGUGUGAACCACACAGAUACCUCACAUGUUUUUCAGCCCCUUGUCAUCAGUGGGGGGUAUGUUCUCAAGCGCAGACACAAACCACCACCAAGUGUCAGCCAAACAGUGGGCACCUGGACAACAAUUGCGGCCGCAUCACAUUGGUUUUCAACAAAGACAAAGUCCCACUGGGAACAACAGUGGAGAACAUCUGCUUUGAGCUGAGAUAUCUUCCUGACACCAGAACUUUGGCAAAAGACCACACUCUCCUCCUUCUGUGUGACCUUUCUCAUUCCACUCAGGAUGCUGUUGAAGUGGCCAUAUCUUUCCAGCCCGAGGAUCUCGCAGACCACAGUCUGAUACAGGAGACUGCCAACACCAUAGUGGGCACCUUGUCAAAGAGGCACAACAGCUCCAUCAUGUUGGCAGUCAUUGAGGUCAAAGUGGAAACACAAGUCAACUCCCGUUCACUGGACUACCUGGUGCCUCUGCUGUGCGUCAUCUUCAGUUUGCUCUGCCUCUUCUGCAUCAUUGUUUGUGUUUGGUGGACUCGCAAGCGGAGAAAAGAACGUGAAAGGAACGUACGCUUGCCGGCAGACGACAGCGUCAACAACCAAUGGGAGCCGCUUCGGCUCGUGGUGGGACGUCAGCAGCAGCAGCAACAGCAGCAGCAGCUGAAAGAGAGCAACAGGGAGGCCGAGCAGGAGCGCAAAAAGCUCAUGGAGCCCUCCUAUCGGACGUGUGAUGAAGGGGACGAGGAGGACGAGGAAGAGACGGAAGGCGAGCUGGAGGAGGAGAUGUGCGGCGCGGAAGCGGAAGAGCAGCCAGUUUAUAAGUACUCAAAGACUGCAAUGCAGUCAAGUGGGGGGCUAAUCUGCACCACGCACAGUUCGAGUUCGCCCCUCAAAGCACCCCACCGGACCCCAGGCUACAGCCCCAAAGACAACCGCUGGAAAAAUGUCAGUGCCGUCAUGACUGGCCAAAAAGACGUCAGAGACCAUUGUGUAUAAGACAUUUCAACUAUAGACUCGCAAAGUGGAGGCGAGAGGCUGUGAGGCAGUCUUUUUUUGUUUUGUUUUGUUUUUCGGAGGGGGAAGGGAGUGAGGUUGACUACCUUUGGGAAGGAAAAGGCUUUGUGUUUCAAUAAGCCAUGAUUUGCUUUGUGAACAUCAUGUUUGUCACUGUCCCCUGACAUUGUAUUAUGUUUUCAGGCGGCACAGUGAACGUUUUUUUUUGCCUCCAUUUGUCUUUUUCUUUAACCAUCUGCUGAAACUGAAGUGUAACAAUUUUCAGUAGGUAAAAGAAACCCACUGCAAUUUUUGUUUAUCAAAAAAUGAGGAAAAAAAUGUUUAUCAUUUAAGAAAAAAUGAAUCAUUUGAAAGUAGAAAACUAUAAUUUUUCUUUUACAGACUGUUAUGACUUUGAGUAGUCAGCAGGCGUCUAUUUGAUGUCUAUGAUGAUGCGAUUGGGACGGAUACUGUACAAAUUUGAAGGGCCAAGAAGGGUUUUAUUGGGUUGCUGCUGUUUGAAACUACAGAGGAGAACCCGCCCUCGGCUUUACCCUCGAAUCUGCCUGAGGCCAUCACAUGCCAGCCUUACCAAAACACUUGGCUUGGGGGGGGGG